GUAUUCAAUAUUAGCUAUGAAAACAGUAAUAGUUUAAAAAUAUCUGAACAAGACGCAUAUCUGGCUAUUAGUACCAGAAUGCUUUUGCAACUUUUUUCUAGUAAAAGAAUAUUAGACGAUAUUAUUGGGAAUUAUAAGCCACCAUCUCCAUGGGAUAUCUUGGCCUUAAUUGCUAAGUAUGAGAACAAGAAAUUAGAAGAUGCUAUAGUUAUAUUAGUCAUUAAUAGGCUACAUAAUACUAUGAGCGAUAGAAAUGAUAGACUUAAUAAAAACUCUUUGUUUUACAAAACUUUGACCAAUAUUGGAGAUCUUUCAUUGUGGAAAACUUUUGUGAUUUCCUGUUGUACAGCAAUGACUGCUGGACCCAUCGAAAAUUUUAUUGCAGAAUCAUCAAGAAAACGUGUAUUUCUACUAGUAUCUUCAUUAAAACCUCCAACUAUUACUUAUGAUAGUAUUAUAAAAGAUAAUGACAUUAAUAAUUUCAAUAUCAGUGAUCUUAUGAGAUCUUUCCAUAAUACACUCGAAAAUCUAUAUAAAAAAGCUUUUUCAUAUACUUCUGAUGAAGCUAAGCAAAUAGUAUGGGCAGUGUUAACUCACAAGCUCUUGGAUCUAUAUAAGCCUAUCAAAUCAACUUUGACAUCUGAUAAAGGUAGUUUGCUAACAGAAAUGAUCCUCAGCUUCAACACUAGCAGUUCGAUGACUAUAAAGAACACUUAUCAAAGAAUGAUAAAUCUCUGGCAACAAG